AUGGUAAAGUCCAAACAUGUAUCAUUUUCUGCCAUAAAUUUGCUUAACUUUUUAUCGCUUUUUGUCAUAACAAUUGUUAGCCCAAUUACUUAUGCUUUAGAGCUAAAUAAGGAUGAUUUUUUAGUUAAUCCAGAAUCAUUACCAGGUUACAUCGAAGUGGAGAGAUAUAUAGCUGAUUUGAAGACAAAUGAUGGAAAUCAUUAUAGCAAUAUCUUAGAAUUUUAUGAUUUACCAAAGGAAAUGUACGCUGGUAGAUUAACAAUAGAACAAGACGAAACAAUAACGGAAGAUGAGAGAAAGUUGUUUUUCUGGAAGUUUACUAGACCUGAUUCAUUUAAAAAGCUUUCUGAUACUCCAAACAUCAAUGACAAUAAUAAAUUAAUGUUUUGGUUGAAUGGUGGCCCAGGGUGUUCUUCCAUGGAUGGUGUUUUUAUGGAAACUGGUCCAUUCAGAUUAAAUGACAAGAAUGAACUAAUUAUAAAUCCAGGUUCUUGGCACACCAAGUAUGAUAUGGUUUAUUUAGAUCAGCCGUUGGGCACUGGGUUUUCACAUAAGUCUGAAAGUUCCAGCUUGGAAAAUGUUCAAUUUUAUGAUGGUGAUUUGGCUCAAGAUGUUUCGAAGCACUUUAUUCAAUUUUUAAAUAAUUAUUUCAAGCUUUUCCCUGAAGAUUUAUCAAAAGAGAUUUAUUUAAGUGGCGAAAGCUAUGCUGGUCAAUAUAUUCCAUUUUUUGCGAAUGAAAUUUUAAAUUACAAUUUAAAUAAUGACGACGACGCCCAAAAGAUUAAUUUAAAAAAGCUCUACAUUGGAAAUGGAUGGGUUGAUCCAGACCGCCAAUCGUUGAGCUAUCUACCAUUUGCUCUUAAAAGUGGUUUAAUUACUGAGACCAAUGAGCAUUUCCGUUCAAUACUAGACAAGCAUGAGAAAUGUCAGAAUUUAAUUAACACUUAUGAAAAUGUAGACGAGGAGAAGUUUUCUUAUGACCAAUGCGAAAGUAUAUUAAGCUAUCUACUUCAGUAUACAAGGGAUACUGGUACUAAACAAUGUUAUAAUAUGUAUGAUAUCAGGUUACGUGAUAGUUAUCCAAGUUGCGGUAUGAACUGGCCACCAUUAUUACCUAAUAUAAUUGACUUUUUUAAUAAACCAGGCGUUUUAGAAGCUCUAAAUAUUGUUUAUCCUACCACUAGUGAUUCAUUUAGAGAUGAAUUAAAGUGGCAUGAAUGUGAUGAUAUGGUUUUAUGGUACUUAACCAAUCCUUACAGUAAACCAAGCAUACAUUUAUUACCUGAUAUUUUAGAAAAUGAUAUUGAUAUUGUUUUUUUUAAUGGCGAUAGAGAUUUAAUUUGUAAUAAUGAGGGGGUUUUGAGCAUGAUCAAUAAUUUGGGCUGGAAAGGUUCUACUGGAUUUGUUCAGGAAGAAGGUGAUAAUAUUAUUUGGAAACAUAAUGGCGAAGAAGCUGGUUACGUUAAGAGUGAAAGAGGAGUAACUUUUAUUAGCAUUAAAGAUGCUUCACAUAUGGCAGCUUAUGAUAAACCGUUAGAGGUAAGAGGUAUUUUGGACAUAGCAGAUAUUUUUGAUGCCGCCCCUGAACUAAAAGAAUUGGAAGAAAUCAAUACCAAUGAUAUUAAUAUUGUUAUACCUGAAGGUCAAGAUAGUGAUAAUGAAAAGGAACAAGCAGAAGAACAAAAUACACAAGAUGAUGAAGAAAAUGAUAAUGCCAAUAGUGAAGAGGAAUUUGAAGAAGUAAAUGAGGAGGAAGAAGAAGAAGAAGAAGAUCAAGAAGAUGAAGGUGCUAUAGAAGGGGAUAACGAAGAUGAUGAGGAUGAAUAUGAUGAAGAUGAAAGUGAUGAGGAUGAAGGUGAUGUAGAAGAGGAUGAAGAUGAAAACAAUGAAGAAGAAGAUGAUGAUGAAGAAGAAGAAGAAGAUGAUGAUGAAGAAGAAGAAGAAGAUGAUGAAGAAGAAGAAGAAGAUGAAGAUGAUAAAGAAGGAAAAGGUGAAGAAAAUAAAGAUAACAAUAAGGAGAAUACGGAAAAAUCUAAAAAGGAACAUACAAAAUUUAAACGUGUGGUUAUCUAUUUUUCUUUAUCAUCUAUUUUAUUAACCAUUGUUUAUUACGUGCUUAGACAAUUCUAUUUCAGACCCAAAUUACGUGCUAUUUUAAUCAAUCCAACGGAUGAAUUAGACAAUAUUAAUAGUGGCAGCAAAAGGAGGAAUGCUAAUAAUAAAUCAGUAUCAUGGGCUGAAGAUUUAGAAGAACAAUAUUUUGAUUUAGAAAAUGGUGAUAGUAUAGACGAUUCCACUAUUGUAAAAGAUAACUAUAAUGACGAACCUUCCAGUAUUGGAAAAAGUACCAAAGAUAUUCAAGAUAAUUAUAACUCAAAGAAACAAAUAAAAAAGAAAAAGAAAGGAGGUGCUUACACUAGUAUUCCCAAUGAUACAGAAACUUCGUUUGAAUUGGAUGAUAUGUAA